GUGCUUAUGUGUAUGACCAGUAGUUCUCAAACUUUUGUACUGGUGACCCCUUUCACAUAGCAAGCCUCUGAGUGUAACCCCCCCCUUAUACAUUAAAAACAUUUUUUAUAUAUAUAUUUAACACCAUUAUAAAUGCUGGAUGCAAAUCGGGGUUUGGGGUGGAGGCUGACAGCACACGACCCCCCAUGUAAUAACCUUGUGACCCCCGAGGGGUCCCGACCCCCAGUCUGAGAACCCCUGUGUAUGACUAUCAUGUACAGAAUCGUAAACCGUCGGUACUGGGUGAUGGAAAAAGCCUUCUUGGUUACGCAGUUUCAUCUUUGGGUCAAUGCAGGAGGAGCCAAGAUGGCAGGGUUUCCUUUUUCCUUUGGAGACUAUUCUAAAGCCCAACAUAUCUCAUUUAUCCUGUUGUUUAGCCUAAAUUUUCCUAGUCUUAUCCCAUUAUUCUUAGGUCUUGUCUUUAUGGGGAACUUGACCAGAAUAGUUCCCCAAGUGGACCUUCUAUUUUAGAAUAAGUCACUUUAUUCUGGAAUAAUUAGUGCACUAUUUGAGCACACUAAUUAUUCCAAAAUAAGGCCCACAUGGGGAGCUAUUCUGCAAUAGUUAAUUCUGGUCAAUUUCCCUGUGCAGACAAGCCCUUAAUUAUAGCCAUGUGCCUCACAGUAACUAGCCUCUUUCCAUCCAGGGUAUUUAUGCCUUUCAAAUAGGUAUAAACUGUAAAUCCUGUGGUUUCUGCUUCCCUGUCCCUUAGCUGUCACUUAGCCAAAUGUCAGUCUCGUCCCUCCAGCUCCCUGAUUAUUUUUGUUGCUGUUCUCUGAAUUCCUCCAUUUGUCAAUAUCUUUCUGGCAAACAGAUGAGAGAAUUGAACACAAUAUUCCAGGUAUCAUGUAGAGAGAGAGACUAUUACCUCUGACAGGAUGCCUCUGCAUAUGCACCUUCUGCAUUGUGUUGGCAUUUCUUUCUGUCUAGUUAUAUUGCAACUCCUGUCCAGCUUGCUGUCUACUGUCCCCUGCAGGUCUCUCAACAUUACUGUUUUUCAGGUUUCUUUCUCCCAUUAAGUAUGUUUCAGAUUUUUCCCCAGAUCUAUUGGUUUCACUUAAUUAUUCUCUGCCCACUUUUCCAACCCCUUGUAGGUCCCCAUUGUAUCCUCACUGGGUUUACAGCAUCUACCAAUUUAGUAUUUGUUAAUUAAAUUAACAUGCUAUUUUCUCCCUUCUCCAGAUUGCUAAUGAAGGUAUUUAAUAAGAUGUGAUCUUCCCCGGAUCCCUAUGAAUGAACUGGACAAGGUGAAAGCACAGCUCUCCAUGAAAGAGAAGGAGAAGCGAGACUGCCAGUCUAUCAUAGACACACUGAGGGAGACUGUGGAUGUUCACAACGCCACCAUCGAGUCGCUCCAGAAAGCCCUGUGUGAGACAGAGAUGCUGUGUUCCACUCUCAAGAAACAAAUGACGUACCUGGAGCAGCAGCAGGAAGAAACCAAAGGUGCAAAAGAGGAGGCCCGAAGGCUGAGAAAUAAACUGAAAACCAUGGAGAGGAUUGAGAUGCUCCUGCAGAGCCAGCGCCCGGAAGUGGAGGAGAUGAUCCAUGAUAUGGGAAUAGGGCAGGCAGCAGUGGAACAGCUUGCAGUCUACUGCAUCUCACUGAAAAAGGAGUAUGAAAAUUUGAAAGAGGCUCAGAAGGCGUCUAGUGAGUUGACUGAGAAGCUGAAAAAGGAGCUGUUUUCUGCCAAUAAUAAGCUGCAGAAAACAUUCUUGGAGUUGGAGAAGAUGGAGGAGGAGUUAAAAAGCACCCAGAAGGAUCUGAGUAAUGCAGACAAGGAGAUUAUGAGUUUGAAGAAGAAGAUUGGAAUCCUGCAGGAGACCCUGAAGGAGCCGUCUGUAACCAGCGAAACGCUCAGCCGACUGGUCUUCGAAAGCCCUGCUCCUGUGGAACUGCUGAGCCCAAAGCUCCACCGCCUGGCCCAUAGCCACAAGAUCGACCUGGACGCCACCUUUGAUGUCGAGACGCCUGAGCAUCAGCCUCAGAAAUCAAUCACAGCCCCUGCAAAAAAACCCAAGCUGGAUAAAAAGCCGCCUCCUGUGACAAACUUAGCAAAAAAAGUUUUGAAGGAAACAGUGGAGAGCUGGGCAGGUGAGCAAGAGGAUGACCCUCUAGAAGAAUUCUUUCCUGCAUUCAUCAGGAACUCGGUUCUUUCCAGGAAGCCACCUGUGAGCAGCCUGCUGGGGCCACACAAGAACACAGGAGCUGUGAGAAUGGGGUAUGAUGGCUUAGGAGGUAGAACUAAGUUCAUACAGCCCACAAACCCAAUGGAGAUCCGUCCCUUAGCUGUAAAGAGCAGGAAGAGGAACGUCUCCAGGCCAGCAUCCACAACUGCAGCAGCUUCCUCCUCUGGCACCAGCCAGGCAAAACUGGACAGCUUCCUUCAGUAAAUCUGAAGGCUUUCCUGAUCACUUAGGCAUGCGUGGGCAGAAGCCGUGGAGCUUACCUACAUCUCUGCAGAACCAAGGCACUGGGACCAACACACAGUGUCAGAACUCUCCCAUGGGCUGAAACUGCCCUUUCGUAGUUCGCUGUUGAUCCAGUCCAGGCUGACUACACCGUGAGCAUGGCGAGGCAGGAUGUGCCAUGUGCUGCCAGCUGUCCUGGGAGAUGGGGCUCCUGGCACUGAGCAACCUGCCUGCCUUUGCCUGACGUACAAGGUCUCUGGUUUGUGCUCAAGAGCUCAGGACUCCCUGUGGGUGGGGUGUGUGGAUCCCUCAACUCUGCUUGGUUUGACUCAUCUCGGCCUCACUCCUAAGCAAUGCAGUAAAGUGUGGGACAAAUCAGACUUAGAAAUCUCCUGGCUGCUGAUUGGUUCGGGCCUGGCCUUACGAGGCUGCAUUUCCCCCAGGAGCCUUUGUUGGCAGAGAAUAAACAAUGAAUUUCCUCGCCCUGCUUCCCUGGUCUCUAAGGCUUUGGCACUUCUGGUGGCAACGGGCCCCUUGGGGGACACAGCACUCUAGCUUGGUUUCAGGAGUAUCGUAUCCCUGAAGAUGAGGAAGGGGAUCCAGUGUCUGUUAGCCUGUAGCAUCCAGAGCUGAUUUCCACGCCAGGGAUGGGCAGUCUCCCCAUGCUGGAUGUUUCAUCUCCAACUGUCCUGGCUAGUAGUGGCAUGGCAAUCCUCUCCCUAUCCUGGAGUCUUUGGGCCAGAGCGUGCCUGGUGCAACCCCACCUGAAAGGAGGAGUCUGCCUCAGGCACGAAUCUGGUUUUUAAUCUGACACCUUACACCUAGUCAUGGCAGCUGGGGACUUAGCCUAGCAGGAGACUGCUUUGGAAGGGACAAGGCCAGAAUCCAUGGCAGACAACCAUUCUGUGUUGCUGUCUCUGCCAUCCCAGCAGGUAGCCAGCCUGCCGAUUGUCCAUAGAGCAAAACUGUGUGUGAUUUGUUGCUGUACAGUGGGCAUGCGAUAGGCACUGUACUGUUUUAUCUGACCUCCAAGCAGCUGCUUGGCAUGCACAGGUUUGAUGAGGAGGCGGGUCUGUAAUGAGGCAGUGGGGAAUGGGGUGAUCUUAGCGUUUCUAGCUCAGCAGCACCAGGAGCAGGUGGCCUUUCCCAGCUCGCCACUUCUGUAGGGCUUUAUUUUCCAGAAUCAAGAACUUCAUGUCUCUGUACCAGGCUCUUAAAGGGGCAGGCAUCUAUGAUUUUCUGGAUGCUCUGCGAACUUUGGUUUGGAACUUAUAUUUUUAUAUAUUUAAUCAAUUUUUUUAAAUGAUAUGAUGAGUUUAGAAAUGCUCCUCUGAGACGGAUCCCUCCCUACUGCUGCUUGAGUGUUAAAUGCAAAAUACCAGCCCAGUUACACUUACUGGGAAAGAAAUAUGAUGGGGCUGCUGAUUGCUAGAGGAGGGCUUUAUUCUGCUGUCAUUGGCCUUAAACUCAGUCUGACGUCUCACAUUUCCCAAGUGGUUCUGUUCCAGAUCUUGCCCUGAUACAAUGGAGCCCUCUUCAAAUUGUGCUGUUUAUAAUGAAUUGGCUAGUGAGCAUGGCUUGUUAGAGAGCUGGCCGGACAGAUCCAGCAUUGGUACAGGCUUAUCUGGAAACCAAAAUGAAUGGAUUAAAGGCAGAGCACUAACUCCACUGAUUUCAGCAUCAGCAGCUGUUUGUGUCAGUGCCCAGCCCGUGCUGUGUGGGUGCCCUAAUUCCUGUAUGUCCCUGAGAAUGUGUGCCUUUAUUAAAUAAAUGUGGUGUACAA